AUGCCGUUAGAGGAUCAGUUGGAGAAAUUGGAUAUAUCGGACACGAGCUAUGGCAGUAUGACAGCUGAGAUUGAGACUUUACGUGAUGAAGAUGGUGAACCAAUGGAAGAACUUGUUGAUAUUACUCAGAUGUUUUUCGACUUGGGACGUGAUCUGUCUCCACAUACUAUUAUUAAGGAUCCAGGGUUCAAUCUCUUUGAAGGUACUCAUUCAUUAGAGGUCAAUAACGAAAAGUUGGAUUCUUCGCUGAUCUCAUUGACCGAUGAAGAACGACAAUUCGACUGUAAUUUGGCCUAUGGCGAUGAUGAAUUGCUCAGGUUGAAGCAUGUCACAGCAAUUGUGGACCUGUUGACUCGUUUUUUGGUCUCUUGGCUUAACGAGUAUCAAACAUUGCCUACAACUGUGCUGAGUUGUCGUUACGUCGAGCACCUUCUAAUUGAAUCAUCAAAAGCAGGUCGAUUGACCUAUUUGCACAGUGGAGAUCCACUAUACGAUCAAGUGCUUUGUGAUGCGAUCUACGGUAUAUGUUACUUUGCAAAGUUUGUGCAAAAGCUGUUAAAAGCAGGUGUUAUCUUCGAAGAAGAGGAUCUAAACUUUAAUGGCAUGGGACUUGAUUUCCUGUCUUAUUUUGAGGAACAGCAAGUGAUUGUGGACCGGUUGCACCGAAGCAUUGAGUUUGUUGAGUCAUCUCAAGGUGAUAAAGGCACUUUUCUCUCGCGGCUGCUGAGAAUCAUUAUAUGUCUGGUGAAAAUGGAGGAUCAUCUGGAGUUAUACAGCGCUGAUGUGACCAGGUUGGACGAAUUGAUCGAGGAGUCCCGUUAUCUAGAUGAGCACGAUGUUUCGCAGGAAUAUACGCCCCCACCAGGCUGCUUUUCUAUGAGUAUUCAAAAGCGGCUAUCUAAUCGGUUCCCUCCUAAGCAUUUAGUAGUACCGAACUGGAAUUACAAAGGUUUCAGCACUAUGGCUCAGGAUCUGAAGAUAGUCUUGAAGGUCAAUGACGCAGCUACGAUGUUGGAAGCCGCCCAACUUGCACAAUAUUUCAAUAAACUAACGCAAAGACAUGUUAUAGCGAGAGCUUUAUUCCCCUUAUACUUCAUUCGGGAUGAUCAGACGAUCCUUGGAAAAUACUCAACUCUGGAUUGUAUUCACAUGCAUUUAAGGGAGUUUUCUGCAAUGUCCACGACCAUCAGUAAACAGUCACCUCAAGAAUUAGAGCCUAUUUUACAGGAAGCUAUGAACGUUUUAUUCGAGUGGUACCAAAAUACAGCUCAAAACACUUCUCGUUAUAGACAAGGUUACAAUAGACAAUUGUUGCUCUGGGACGCGUUACACGCCCAAAUGGAAACCACUGAGUUUGAGCUAGCGCAACGGGGCAUCGCUGAUCAGACUAUGGGCCAGCAAGGACGAAUCCCAUUUAUGCCAUACUCUUCGUGGGCAUUCUCCAUGAAAGUAACUGCAAUGUUAGAUUACGUUACGAAAGGGUUUGAUCUUGACGUUUACAAGCCAUUUGAGUCCUUUUCGAUGUUCUGGUACGCAUAUUAUCUGUCAUAUAACUUGGAGGCCUGCUUAGAGAAUGUUCAACAAUUCAUUGAUUCAAAGAUAAAUUCCAUUCAUGGUUUGGCGAAGAAGAUAAAGAAGGUCAAAACGAUUGAAAAGAAAAAUGAACUGAAAGCCCAGCAUCGUCAUUUAAUGGAUACAGAGAUGGAGCAAUUGAGAACUAAUAAGCGUUACUUAAGUUACCUCUUCAUGAACACAGCAAUCAUCAAGUCUCUAUCGUUGGCGCAGGUAUUCCAAUUCUCUAUCCUAAGGUAUCUCGGCAUAAUUGACACUAAUUCACCAGCAAAGAGCAAGUUCACUUCCGAUAGGCUGUUACAUGAUUUGAGAUUCAAGCCGUUCUCCUCCAUUGGUGUUCCUGAUGUGUUGACAUAUGAGACUUUGCAAUCCACGCUUAGAGAAUUCUCAAUUGAAGGGACCAUGUCAUCUGUAAAACUAGAAAAUGCCCGACAAUGCAUGGACAAGGAGCUUCAAAGUGCUUCUAACGCGAUUGAAACCAUCAAGAAAUGUAUCAGUGCUGGUGACAAUAACGGUCUCAUUGUCACUGGUACUAGACUCGUGAAGGAAGAAGCAUUGGACUACUACAAUCAUUUACAAGUAUCAGUCGAGGCUAUCAUUGCAAAUAGCACGACCAUCUCGUCCCAUUUGAAGUCCUUAAAAUCAGCUGAGUGGAAACAUAGACAUGAGGUGAGACUGAACGUUCCUAAAGGCGGUUCUCCAUUUUUCCCGCUACUUGAAUUAAUAGAAAAGGUGGAUCGCAAGAAGUAA